AUGAUGGAGACUAUCCGCCGAGCCUCAAAGCGCCUUCUCGAGAAACCAACCUCUCGCCUGGUCCCUCGUCUUUACUAUGUCUGUCCUGUGACAUUUGUGAUGUGGAGACCUAAGUUGAGCCUGAAAAGUUGGGGCAUCGGAGCGCAUGGCACUAACCCUAACAGAUCUGUUGCGCCUGCCCCGUCCGGAGAGGUCUCUUCUCAACCUGCGGCUUCACGGAAGCUUAAGAAGAAGGCCCGGCCAGAACCAAAACCUCGGCCUCAGACUGAGCAGAUAAUGAGACCGCUGGGGGAAUACCCAUCGGUCGCCGAAUACAAGGCUGCUGGCGUGAGACCGCUCUCCGCUGAACAAAUUGCACAGCGCGUCGCAGCCGCUACCGCCCACAUCCCGCGCCCCGUUCAAGAUGGGCGCCUGAGCGGUGUUGAGAACUCCGUCGCCGUCGAGCUCUAUGAUGAGGAACUUGCCAAAGAAGCAGCAGUUACCUCGAUCUCUAAGUAUGUCGUAUCCCCCGCUGAUGCGACCAAUCGCAACACCCCAAUCCCGGACGCCGAGGGCCUCCGAGUCACCCCUGUUGAGCCGGUUCCCUUUGCAAGUGCAGAGGAUAACGAGUAUGUCGCCGUGCUAAAGUCAAUCCCACUUCCACCGUCCGACAAAUAUGAUCUCCUCAAACUCCGAGCGGCCAUGGAGGUCGCCAUCGUCCACGCCCUCGAGAGUGGCAAUGAGCGAUCAGCUCAGAGUCUGCUGUACCUUUGGUCCAAUGCAGGAGAUGAUGAAUUCAAGAUGUCUCUGAUUGCCAGCAUCUCCGAUGGCAGUGCUGACAAUCUACUGCGACUUGCUCUCAUGGCACUGCUCAAGAACGAUUACAAUGAUGCCCGUCAGUGGUACCUGAACUACGUCCCGCCUGAUUCAGAUGAUCCUGUCUCUGGAAAGGAGACCGGCCAGCCUACUGCUGAUACUAUUAACGCGGUGGACACCUUCAAGGUCUCUGACAUCUAUCGUGAUACAAGCGGUCCUCGACUUCGGGAGGCAUUUAUGAGCGGAAAGUCGAACACGGCCCCGCUCAAGAGGCCCAAGAAGCCUGUCCGUUCUGAGGAGAACGCGUACAGACGCAAACGCAAGUGGGAGUCAGAUCCCAAUCACGACGCAAAAAUGGUACAGAAGCGUGCCCGUUUGCUACAGCUGUCGAAGAUUGACAUCAUUCCCACCAGCGCAGUUCGUGAUGAGAUCGGUCCGCCAGAUGCUAUUCACCACCUUUACACAAUUAACAACGCUGACCCAAUUACCACUGACCCAAUUACCGCUGACCCAAUUGAUCGGUUGCGUUCCCUCCCUGUUUUUACUAGGUCCAUUCUUGACCUUCCCCUCGUCAGGGCUUCAGAACCUCCGGAGUCAGUUGUUUCUGACCGGCACCAGAACGAGCUGGCUGAGCGCUCACGCUCGCUCUCUAUUGACACGACCCUCUCGGAUGUGUCGUCGACGUCCAACUCUGUUUACUCUGUCCGUUUCAACAAUUGGUCUGGACCACACCCAGCCCGGCAGAUGCCAAAUUCCAUCGAGCCGCCAGACAACAGUGACGAGUGCAGCAAGUGUGGCGACGGAGGGGAUCUUCUGUGCUGUGAUACAUGUCCCAAUUCGUACCAUUACGAAUGCUUGGAUCCUCCCCUGGAUCCCAAGGAUCCCCCGAAAGGUGAUUGGCACUGCCCUAAGUGCUCUGUCCGCAACAGUUUCUCGACGCUGAUCGCGCGAGCUGGCUACUACAAGAAAACGGAGUACCGGGUUCCUGAGCCUAUUAAGGAGCAUUUUGAAGGAGUGGGUGAGAUGAUCAUCUCCGAUGAAGAUGGUUACGCUCGCAAUCCGACAAAUUUCAGUUUCUAUAAAUUGAAGCCCCACAUCGAGCGACUAACUAAGGUCCCGGGGCCAGCCAAGGAAGGGGGUCACACUCUCGUGUCAUAUGACCAUCCUCACCAUCUCCGAGAAUUCGAUGACAACGGCCAACUAAUCCGUUGCACGAAGUGUGCCGGCACGAUAUACGGUGGCCGGCCCAUCGUGCAAUGCGAUUAUUGUACGUGCUAUUGGCACCUUGAUUGCCUCACUCCGCCGCGAGCGGCUCCACCCAAUCCCUGGAAAGGGUGGAUGUGCCCAAAUCAUGUCACCACCGCGGACGAGAGUCUGUUCGACGAUGCCUGGGGGGGGAAGAGGGGACGCGUGCCUGCAGAUGACGUGGUCCUCGAAUUUAUUCGAAAGGUCAAGCAAGACCACGCCGAACGGCGUGGUCUCGAGGAACAAAGGCAGAUCGAGUGGAAGUGCCUGGACUUGACCAGGCAGAUGAUCGCCGAGUUCUGUUCGACCUCGGGCAAUGCCUACCCUGCCUCGGGUCCCCGUGAGGCCUUAACUGACAAGAUUUUAAGCGCUGUCCGGGCCCUGGUCGCCGGGAGCCGAGAGAUCAACGCAGCGAUCGCGCUGCUUUCCCUGGUCGGUGGCCAAGCCUCUUCCGUCGGCGAAAGCCACAUCGCCGACGCUGCUGAAGUCAGUGACCCCUCUGCUCCCGUUCCCAUCCCCUCAUCUAGCCCUAUUUCGGUUUCUUCUGAGGAACACUCCGAGACAGAGGUCUCCCCUCGCAUCCCUGCGUCGAGUCGCAAGCGCUCACGUUCAGACGACCAGGCUACGGAGGAGCCGGCGCAAAAGCGCCAAUUCACCAAGAAGUGA